AUGGCGUCUGUAUCACAGGGCGAAUCACGUUGCAGUAGCGAUUUUAUUCCUCUCUACAUAGAAGGAUCUUAUGCCAGCCAAUCCUUCUCUUCCGCUGAUACGGAGGAAGACCAACUGUCUGGCUCGAGCGACGAAGAACAAAUCGGCAUCGCUACAGCUCCGAGACACCCGAUUCCGGAAUUACAAGGUCCUUUCGAAGAGUCUAUCACCGAGUCUCUACCGGGGACAAACAAAGGCUGGACAGUUGAUCUUGAUGCUCAGUCGCGGCGCAGAGAUCUCCUUGAGGGCUCUCAGUAUGAGCGCCUCUGUGGCCGGAAAUGGCGUCAGAGAACUGGCGAGAGGUAUCAUCCAUUCUGGAAGCUUAGUGCACAAAUGUCCUUUGGCAUUCAUUUACUCGUAAAGGGAACAGCAAAGUCGAAUGCAGCGGUCCUCAACAUUUUGCAGGCUCAUGUCGACGAAAUGGAUGGAUUUGUCUCCAGAACCUCGGAGGAUUUUCUGAUCAUACAAGUUGACUUACGAACUCGUAUCCAAUAUCUAAGUCUUCCUCUCGAGAACCUGGAUCUUUUUGACGAGAUGUUGGUGGAUCGGAAUUUCCGCAUGGCUAUGAUUGACUAUAACGACAAAAUCGACUUGGCGAUUCAGAGAUUUACCCUAGCUAUCAACGACGCUCUUAAGGAUAUGCAAAAGGGAAAGGAAGCAAUAAGUGGGCUCUGGCAAUACCUUAGACGGCCGAUGGAGGAUAACAUUCCAUUGUCAAGCAAUUUGGCUGCUAUUUACGACUCUAUGCUGGCCAAUACAGAAGGUUGGAACUCGGCGUUUUCCAAGCUUCGCAAGAAGGGGACGGCUCUCUUGUACGCCAUGACCCAGCUAGGCCGUGCCAUUGCCGAGAUGCAGCGACGUGUAGGUGUGGCAAGCAGACGGGAAGUAAUAUCGUUUGUUCCCCCGCUUCCGACCCCUCAAACCAAGUCCAUUCGAGGCUUUCUCGAUCGAGGAGUCUCCGUAUACAUAUCGGAUUCGUUACCUGCGGAGAAGCCCCUACCCCAGGAUCCGGUCUUGGCCCGAAAUCUAGAGUCUCGCCAUCGCUCCACUUUCAGCAGUUCAGGCAGACUCGCUCACCAGAAGAGUGUGCCCAAUCUAAGAGCCUCGAGAGAUACGUCUGGGGUGAACGAUACAUUUGAGCGGGCCAAAUCUGUCAACGGCGCUCGGGCCCCUUCAAGGGGCUCUGAUUCAGGCCCAAUAUUCCCGAGACUCCAGAAGACGAUCAGCAAGCGGCUCUCCAGAGCCAAACUCACAAAAGUGACCGUAGAGGAAGUGCCGGAGGAAACGAUAACACGUCCCUCCACGUCUGGUUCGCGAACUCUGAAGUCUUUCAAGAGGAGCAGACACGUGGAACAGCAGCCGCCGCCGCCGCAUCAGACACAGCAGAAACCUGCCCUGAUUUCAAGACCAUCAACCCGCUUAAGACGGCCGGGUACGUCCCAUACUUCAGCCAAGGGCGAAACCAUGAAAAGCCAAUUACGGCAGUACUUCAUGUCCGACCGGGUGCUUGACGCAUGGGAAAGCGUAAGAGAAAGAGAAAGGAAGGCCGGUCAAUCUGAGCCCAAGAAGGAUGGCCUCUGGAGCAUUUUCCAGGCCAAGUCAGGGACACGGUCCGGCGAAUUGCCAGGGAAUCCUUAUCAGAAUGACGUACAGAAACAGAUGGCGUGGCUGGAAGAGGAAACUAAGAACCUCAACACCUAUUCACUGAAGCCCAAACAAGAGGGAACCGGACCCAAAGUCCACACGAUAUCGGACAAUAUGAGCAUUCGGCAGGGUCUCGAUAGCCAGGAAAGCCACUACGGAGGUAUCAACUAUCUCAAAGCCCUAGAGGCAGACGAUUCCAUCAUUACGGCUCUUCCUGCCUUCCCUCUUCCUCCGAUCGGUCAUAUUCCAGCAACCAGCAAAGGUCCUAGCUGA